AACCCCAACCACCCCCAUCCACCAUGUCCGGGUUAGCACGCAAGUAUGAAAUCAACGCCGAUAUGGGCGAAGGCUUCGGGCGCUGGAAGAUGGGCCCCGACGAGGCGCUGAUGCCGUUCAUCGACGCCGCCAACAUCGCCUGCGGCUUCCACGCGGGCGACCCGACCAUCAUGCUCCAGACCAUCCGGCUGUGCAAGCAGCACGGCGUCAAGGCCGGCGCGCACCCGGGCCAACAAGACCUCUUCGGGUUCGGACGCCGCCGGAUCGAGGUCGACCCCAGGGACAUGUACGCCUCGGUGCUGUACCAGGUGGGCGCACUCCAAGCGAUGCUGGACGCGGAGGGGAUGCCCCUCGCGCACAUCAAGCCGCACGGGGACCUGUUCUUCUACAUGCAGCGCGACGCGACGAUCAUGCGGGCGGUGCUGGAGGCCUGCGCCACCUUCCGGGUGCCCGUCUACGGCGCCCAGAACCCCCAGCAGGCGGCGAUGUGCCUGGAGCUGGGCAUCCCGUUCCAGGGGGAGAUGUACGUGGAUAUCGACUACUCGCCUGACGGCCGGCUGCUGCCGGUCGCGCAGUCCCGCGUCCCGACGCCGGAGCUCUGCUACGCGCGGGCGCGGUCCGCCGCGUUGACGGAUACCGGCAAGGAUAUCGAGGGACUUGAGUUUCGGUUUGGGUUCGAGGGGACCCCGUUCAGUAUUUGUGUGCAUUCGGACCUGCCGACGGUGUUGGAGAAUGUGGCGGGCGUGCGCAGGGCGGUCGAUGAGGCUAACCGGCUGCGGUUUCCGCAGGAGGCUUCGGCGGCUUGAAGGGAGAAUCGUAGAGUACUGUACUGUACAUACUGGAAUGCUCA